AUGAAUGCCGCAAGAGAUGGAGUCACUAUUGGCCUGGAAGUGCUCCUCCCCAAAGACGCCAAGCACCACGCAGAGACCAGUUCACCCCUUCAGUAUGACGUCUUCCUCUACAAGGUUGCCAACAAUGGAGACUCUGCCUCUCCCAGCAAAGCCCCUCCCACUCACAGCACCAACUCUUACUCCUCCUCUCAUCCCAUGCCCAAAUCACCCAAAUCACCAAAAACACCUAAGACACCCAAGUCGUCCAAGGUGCCUAAGUCACCCAAACACGCCAAGGAACACCUACCCAGUCAUCGUGAACCCUUAUCUGGGAGGCACUCCUCACCUGGCUGUCACCCCUCACCUGGUCGCCACCCAUCACCCGGUCGCCACCCAUCACCCAGUCGCCACUCUGCGCCUGGGAGCUAUUCUUCCCCCAUUUGCCAUCCAUCAUCCCACCACUCUCCCUCCCAGUACAAAUGCAUACCAACCUCCUCCUCCACCCCGCCUCAGUUACGCCGGCCCAGAGGUCGGUCGCAAGCUCCCAGCUCAGUGUGCUCAGGGACUGGGAGAGAGUACCAGAGUGCACACCUUCGUCCAUCCCCCUCAUCCCCUCACCUCACCCAGCCACCUCCAUCACCUUCUAGGAUGAAGUACAGCCCAGUCAGCACCCGGUCCCUGCCACCACUCUCCUGA